AUGUUUGCCCUCUUUUGCCUAAGUGUAGGUUUUAUAGGAGGCGAGGUAAUACAAGAUCGUGGCCUGAUUGCAAAAUGGAGAAACGAUUAUACAAACAGCCCACAAUGCGACAGCCCUUCUUACCGAAGGGAGUGGAGGAGUUUAAGCAAAGACGACAAAUCCGCAUAUCUUGCCGCUGUAAAAUGCUUGAUCGCGUCGCCGUCCGUUACGAGGAGCAACGGGGAUCUUUACAAUGACUUCCCUUUUGUGCAUUUUCAACACGCUAAGAAUAUUCAUUAUACACCUCUCUUUCUUCCCUAUCAUCGGUACUUCCUUCAUUCAUUUGAAACUAAACUAAAGUCUGUCUGUGGGUACAAUGGGAGUUUGACAUAUUGGGACUGGAGCCUUGACUGGGAAUCCUUAGGAACAUCUCCAGUCUUCUCUAAAGAAUAUGGUUUUGGAGGAAAUGGUAACCCUCGUGUUUAUUCACCGUCUACGGAAAGUUACUGUCUCACUGAAGGCCCGCUUGCCAAUCUACAACUCGCAAACCAUUCCUCAGAUGAACACACCUUGGAUAUGCACUGCCUUUCGCGUGACUUCUUCGGCAACAAUCUGACAGGAAUACUGUCUGGCGAUGGACUACAACCGGCCAUCAUUGAAAAUAUUUUGCAUCAGUCCGAUUAUCAAACUUUUCGCAACGCACUCGAGCACGGCCCCCAUAAGGAGAUCCCGAAUGGCAUUGGUGGCGAUUUUAUUACUUUUGCUGCCCCCAGUGAUCCUCUAUGGUAUCUUCAUCACAGUCAGCUUGACAGACUAUGGUGGUUGUGGCAGCGCGCUGAUCCCACUGUGCGGCUAUGGGAUUAUGGGGGACAUUCUACGAAAGGCCAAGAGACACUUAAGGCUUCGAUAAAAGAUAUAAUUUCUAUUUCGCCUCUCGCACCAGAUGUUAGGGUUUCUGAUGUCAUGAGCACCGAGUCAGACGUACUAUGUUAUCGCUACCUUUAA